UGAAAGAUACUCUGCAUAUGAAAAACUAAAGGAGUUUACAUUUUGUUUUCAGUGGUAGCAAUUAAAAUGCUUUACAUAAAAGAUGGCUAAAUUUUACUAAAGAUUGGCUCAAUGUCAAUUCCGGGGUAUUUCAUGAAGGAUUUUGUGAAUUACUCAUCUCAUUAGCUAUGCACUAAGACUGUAUGGCACCCAUUCGCAUUAUCUUCCCUCACACUAGCUACCGAAGUACUUGCCACAAUACCCAUAAAUUGCCCUCGUGAUGGUGUAACGAGGAAAUUAACUCUGUGCAUUGCUAACAGAGGAUAUGGUGGAUGUAUAGGAGGGCCGACUCUUUCCUCUGGACUACCAGAGGAAACCACAGCACCAGAUCCUGCUAGUGUGGUUUGAAGAUGUCACCCAGGUCAGUACAGUGUGCACGGUCGAGGCAAAUGGUCACCAUGCUUCAAGAAGAACAAUGACCUUCUGUGCUCCGUGAAGGGAUCAUCCGACUGUGAUUAAACGGCGGUUCACCAGCGUCCUGAUCGUCUCGAUGCUAUCUCCAUUGUGGGUCUGGACAUGGCGGCAAUACACAGGUUUCAAGACAGGUCCAUCGCUGCUGAUGCUAAUGGGGGUCCAUCUGGAGGGGCUCUUUGCUGCUGCCUGCCUUCCACUCUUACUGACAAUGGUGCUGUUCUUUGGGCCAUUGAUACAGCUGGUCAUGGACUAUCCUUGGGAUUUCCUCGAAGGGAUGAAGAUGAUUCUAGAUCCACAGUUUUGGGUGCAGUGCGUGGCAGACAUGCGUUGGAUGAGGAAUCAGGUGGUGGCUCCCCUGACGGAAGAGCUGGUGUUCCGGGCGUGUAUGCUGCCAAUGCUGGUACCUUGCACUGGCCUUAGCCGUGCCAUUGUCACCUGCCCGCUUUUCUUUGGAGUUGCUCAUUUUCACCACGUGAUCGAGCUCCUGAAGUUCAAGCAAGGAACCGUCGCAGGAAUCUUCCUCUCAGCAGUUUUCCAGUUUUCUUACACUGCAGUGUUUGGAGCAUACACCGCAUUUAUUUUCAUCAGAACAGGUCAUCUGAUUGGUCCAGUGCUGUGCCACUCAUUUUGCAACUACAUGGGAUUCCCAGCGAUUGGUGCUGCCCUUGAGCACCCUCAGAAACUCACCAUCUUUUUCUUCUAUGUACUGGGAGUCAUCCUCUUCUUGCUGUUGCUGUUCCCCAUGACGGACCCCUCCUUCUAUGGGAGCCUUGCCAUUUGCCACUUGACCAAGCCAGACACCAGCACUUCGAUCUGCACUUGACCCCAGCUGCGGACCUGUCUGUUGCAUCUUUUUUCUCUCUCGCUCUCUCUCUUUCUAUUCUCUCUAGCUCUCUAACAUUCAGGGAACUCUCCGUCCAGGAGCUGGCAAGUGGAUUGGGAAACGUCUCAGGAAUUUGGGAGUCUUGUUUGCGAAUCCGGAAUGGAUGGAAGAGGGGAAGGAAUACCAAAAAGAAAACAGUACUUGAAAUGAGGUGUUUUAGGAGUUUCCCUUCUCGGCUACGAGGGGAAAGAGCAGAAUUCCUCCGUUUUGGUACAUUUUAAUACCCAAUCACCUCCCCCUCCCCCUUGAAACUGAUGCCUAAUGAGACAAACUGUUUAUUGAGAGGAGUUGGCCACUGCCCCCCCCCCCCCCCCCGACGCAACCCCACUCAGACCACAUCACAUUUCAGAACUCCAGGCUUCCGGCCGGUACUCUGCCCACACCAUUGUUUCAAAAUCUUGCUAGUUUACUGGUCACUUCUUGACCUAACUGUUGGAAAGAGAAGUCCCAUUGUAAUCACUUCCUGCCAUUUACUCACUGCAAGCCUAUAACACUACAUGACCAAGUCUCCACAAGUCAGGAUUCGCUGUUGCUCAGACCACAACUUGUGUGUGUGUGUAUAAUGUGGAACGUUACAAUUUUCUGGAAUUUUGGCCAGCUUGUUGAUGGGUUGUGAUGUGCUUUUUGGACCUGUUUUAAAUGUUUUAUAUUGACAGCGUGACUUGUGCUGGGUCUUUGCCUGAUAGCCACCUUAAGGAGUCUGCUCCUUGAGACCAGCCGAGUGAAGGAGGAGGAGUACUUUUUGUUCCCCUCUCUUGAUAAAGUCAGGUAGUUGUUCUGAGGGGGAGGGGAUCCCUUUCCGUAGUGAGGUUUAAAGCAAGUAUUGGAAUUGAAUUCUGAUGGACUGAGCCGAAUAGCCCUCACCCUCAGUUAUUGAAGAAUUUGGGGAUAUCACUGAAUUCUGACCAUUGCUGUUUUGUGGGACCCUACUUUGUUCUUUCCAUUUACAUCAGGAAUGUACCAGCCCUUGUUUGUAUCACUGUGGCUCAUGUAGGCUUGAGCCUUUGGAUGCCUUUGAGGAAGGGCAGGAAGGUGGGGGUUUGAUGCAGGGUCAGACAGCUUACAAUUUAAAUCUGUGCUUGCAUUAAUUUGCAAGUUGCUGAUGUGACAAUGUUCUAAUUUUUUUUUUUAGAUUAGAUUACCUACAGUGUGGAAACAGGCCCUUCGGCCCAACAAGUCCACACCGACCC